AUGGGUUCAUUGCUCGAGGUAGAGGCUCAUAGAGCAUUAGAGCCAGUCAUGUAUAGCUUCCGAGUACUUGGCUAUCCUCUAGGCCUCGAGUCCUCAAGAUCUCUAUGCCUGGCUUAUUUCCGAGUUGCCCUAUUUGGGGUGGGCUUACUUGCAAGGGUGGGCUAUGUUACCGUCUUGAACCAGCUAACCAUGGCCAAGAAGCACCCAGUCGGGCCAGUGGCGGAAGGAAGCUUCCUCUUCGCGCUCAUACCUCACUUGUCUCUAGGUUUCCGAAGAGAGCGCAAGACGAGCAAAAACACUUUCCAAUUGAUUAUUAUACCCUGCUCGCAACCAGAAGAGAUCUUCAGAAGUGCCGGGUUCUCCUUCUUACUCCGCACUACGCUAGAACCAAUGCGCAUUAUCCGGGGGACAUUUACCCGGCCAGAGAAUCUUCAGUCAAAAGCUGCUAUUUGGAGCCUGCUCGGCAGUUAUUUCAACAUGCCAUCUCUUCAAAGCUGGGCACGAAACCGCGAAAAUGAUUAA